AUGCGUUUCGCCGCCAUCGCCUCUCUCUUGCUGCCCCUCGUGGCAGCAAAGCCUUCGCCAAAAGGAAAGACCUUCAGCAAUGUUGAGAUCUUUGAUCCUCCUACCAACUACCGAGACCCUCAGGUCCUCUACGCUCGUCCUCUUGAGCUGUCUGAUGGUACCCUUCUGGGCACUUGGGAGAACUAUUCCCCCGAGCCUCCCAACGUUUGGUUCCCCAUUGUGAAGAGCACCAACGGCGGAAAGACUUGGAAGGAGAUUUCCAAGGUCAAGGAUACUCAGAACAACUGGGGUCUGCGAUAUCAGCCUCAGCUCUAUGAGCUUCCUCGUGCCUUCGGAAAGUACCCCAAGGGUACCGUUCUGAUUGCCGGCAGCAGCAUUCCCUCCGAUCUGAGCCAGACUCAAAUUGAGGUCUACGCUAGUCGCGAUAAGGGAUACACCUGGGAGUUUGUGAGCCAUGUUGCUCUUGGUGGCGAAGCUCUGCCUAAUCCUGGUCUUACCCCCGUCUGGGAGCCUUUCCUGUUGACCUACAAGGAGAAGCUCAUCAUCUACUAUGCCGACCAGCGUGAGAACGCCACUCACUCUCAGAAGCUUAGCCACCAAACCACCACCGACCUCAAGAAGUGGUCCAAGCCUGUUGACGACACCAAGUACGCCGACUACUACGCCCGCCCUGGAAUGCCCACUGUCGCCAAGCUUCCCAACGGCGAGUACAUGUACGUCUACGAGUACGGCGGUGGCCCCAACCCUCCCGCCGGCAGCGACUACUGGUUCCCCGUCUACUACCGUCUUUCCAAGGACCCUGAAAAGUUCAUCAACAAGGAGCACCACCAGAUCAUCUCCAACAAGGGAGGUAAGCCUGCUGGCUCUCCUUACGUCAUCUGGACUCCCUGGGGUGGAAAGAACGGUACCAUUGUUGUUAGCUCCGGUACUAUGCGUGAGAUCUUCACCAACCAGGCUCUUGGCGAUGCUUCUGCUUGGAAGCAGUGGGAUGUCCCUCAGCCUAUCGCGUACACACGCUCUCUCCUUACCUUCAAGAAGGACCCUGAUCUGCUCAUGAUUAUGGGUGCUGGCAUCUUGCCUCCUGCUGGAGGUAACAACACUGUUAGCACCAGUGUCGUUCGUCUUUCCGAGAUCAUGAAGGCUUAA